AUGGCGGCAUCUCAGUUCACUUACUCCUCCACUUCACGAAGGGUAGUUCCUGCCCCAAACUCUCCUCCUCUUCCAAUUCACAUCAAGGCUACAAACGUUGUUUUCAACCCUGAUAUUCCAGAGGUUCAUCGAGGUCUUGGACUCGAUGAUUUUGUCAAUUUCUUAGCUUCUUGCCGCCUACGAUACGCAAUCAGUGACGUUCCAUCCGAGUUCUUCCCUGAACAAGUAUGUGAGUUCUACUACACUGCAACUGUCAAUGACGACAACAAUGCCAUCACCGGGACUAUUGGCCAUGGAAGACACUCUGUCUUCAUCACCGCAGAACUUCUCAGUGCUGCCUUAAGCUCUUAUUUUGUGCCAAUCACCGGUGCUCUAUGCAAGUGUGUGGGUCACAAGUCUCAAAGUGGUGAUCAGUUGAAUAAUUAUGAGAAACAAGUCGUCUGCUCACUUCUUCUCAACAAAAGACUUGAUUAUGGGGCCCUAUUCUUUGAUCAGCUUGUUCAGCUUCUUCGUGCAAAUGUACGCGCUGAUCAUGUUCCUUUUCCACGCUGGAUUGCACUUGUGCUAGACAAAUUUUUCGCUGCAGACUACUUCUCGCAUUCUGGAAAUCCCAUCCAAUACCCUCGCAUGUCCGUUCGCAUGUAUCAAGAUGAUCCCCUGGAUUCUGACAUUGGAAUCUCGGAUAGAAUGAGAGAAUGGAUUGCAAAUCCAUACACUGUUCCCUCUCUCACUACUGACACUGAUGAAGGAGGCGCUGAUGGUAACCAUGUAGAUCAUGCUGAUCAAGAGGAUGAACAACAUGAUGGUGGCCAUUUCUCUCCUCAACUUUCUCAUCAUAUCGUCUCGGAUACUGACAAAGUUCCCUCAGCACCAAAGGAUUCAAUGAAUCAGGGGGAGAAACCAUCUCAGGGGGAGCAUCCCUCACAGGGGGAGAAUCCACAAUUUCAGGGGGAGCAUCCCUCACAGGGGGAGAAUCCACAAUUUCAGGGGGAGCAACCGUCACCAGCAGCUCACCAAUAUUCUCCGGGGAUGCCACCUAGCUCACCAGUCGCUCCAGCUACUUCAGUUGUUCAAAUUCCGGCUUCAGCAUUUACUGAACUUAUGACACUGACUCGGGACAUGAGUCAACGUCUUCUUCGCAUUGGGGCUGAUGUUCAACAGCUAAAGGAGGUUCUACUGCAUACUCCCCCCUCUAGUCCCCAAUCUGAUGAUGCUCAAAAAGGGGGAGAUACUGAUGAUGAUGCUGAUGCUGAUGAUAAUGCUGAUGGUGAACCGAAUGAGAGAGACACAGAACCUGUUGACAACACCAUUAUUCAGCCUGAAUCACCCAAGCCAAUGCCUGAGUCUGACUCUGCGGGGCAUAAUAGUCCAGUAGCUACUGAAAAGCUAGUUGAAGAUAAUGAGCAUGAUGAUGAACCAGACGAUGAAUGUCAAAUACUAGAUAUGAAUUUCAUUAAUCCUCUUAUUCCAGUUCAAGAAGAAAGUUCUGAUGAUCUUGAUAAUGAAUCUCAGUGUCCAGACAUGAGAUCAGUCAAUCCUGUUGCUGAUCCCAUCAUUCCGGUCCAAGGAGAAGAUUCAGACGUUGCCAGUGAAGACUCUCAUCCGCUAUCUCGAAAGCGUAAGAUUAUCUUUUGUAAUCCUAAAACACCUCUACAGUCGAAGUUCUUCAUCGAGCUCUUCUGGGGUGUUUGA